AUGGUCAACCAGUUAGACUCCACAGUAGCCUUGGUAGCUCAAGUGGAGCUUCUGACCAAGAAAUUAGACCAGCUUCAGAUGCCGCAGAAUAACCCUUAUAGCAGCAUAUACAAUCCUAGGUGGAGAAAUCACCCCAAUUUUAGUUGGUGCAAUAAUAAUGCCCAGGGUCCACCAGGCUUUGGAAGCCGCAUCGGCCACCACAGUGACAAGCUUGGACCAUCAGAGCUUCCUCCACCAGCCGAGAAGAAAUCUAACUUAGAGGAGCUGAUGAUGAAGUUUGUCACGUCGAUUGAGACAAGGUUCCAGCAGACCGAUAGUGCUCUUAGAAAUCAUCAAGCAUCCAUUCAGAACUUGGAAAAUCAUAUUGGGCAGAUUUCUAAGAUGUUUUCUGAAAGGCAACAAGGAGCGCUCCCCAGCACUACUGAGUCUAACCUGAGGGAGCACGUGAAUGCCAUCACUUUGCAUUCAGGUAAGUUAGUUUCAGCUCCUUCUGAGCCUGUUUUUUAUGAUUCCACUAUCAAUGUGCAGAUCGAGGCGAGCAGUAAGGUUAAGGAACCUAAAAGGCGAAAGGUGAAACCAAUCCCAGCCAGGGAGUAUCAACCCAAGAUUCCUUAUCCUGCUAGACUGAAGCAAGUAAAAGCACAAGAGCCGUUCAGUAAGCUUUUGCAUAUUUUUAGACAACUGCAUAUUAACUUGCCUUUCUUUGAUGCAUUGAAGAAAAUGCCAAAGUAUUCCAAAUUCUUAAAAGACAUACUUAGCAACAAAAGCAAGCUGGAGGAGGUAGCAUAUGUUAAGCUCAAUGAGGAGUGCUCAGCAGUGUUUCAGAGAAACGUCACGACCCAAGGAGUUUUACUAUUCCUUGCACUUUGGGUAACUUGUGGAUUGAUGAUGCAUUAG